GGCGACUACCAAGAACGUGAGAAGAUCGGUCACCAAGCAAAGUUAUAAGGUAAUAAGGGCGGACCAUCUCUGGUUCAUUUAUAUAGGGUAUUAUAGGCUUAUAGCCAAGGAGGCGUAGAUAUUAAAUAAGGUAAUAAGGGCGGACCAUCUCUGGUUCAUUUAUAUAGGGUAUUAUAGGCUUAUAGCCAAGGAGGCGUAGAUGGUUUGAUAUCCUACCAGGAAGGACGAGAGAAACCUACGGUGGUGGUAAUGAGGGGCCAUCGCUUUUCCAUACAGUGUGAAGACUGCAGAGCCGCGGAGGUAUAUAUCUGAUCCAUUCAUUUUAAGGGGGGGAUUCUAAAGGGGGGACCAUCGGUCUAGCUGUUUCAUGCAUUGUCAAAGGGGGGGCGUAGGUGGUUAACGGCGUGCUAGGAAGGAAAGAGAGAGAAGAGACCUGCAGACAAGACUGUAAGGGGACGGUUCAGGGAAAGAGAGAGAAGAGAAGACAGUGGAGGGAAAGGGAGAGAACGGAGUUGGGGGAAUUCAAAGUAGGUAGUUCUAAAAAUAGAGUUCACGAGAGAGAGAAGUUUCAGAGAGUUCAGAAGAGAGAGAGAGAGAGAGAGAGAGAGAGAGAGAGAGAGAGAGAGAGAGAGAGAGAGAGAGAGGACUCAGCGGCAGCUAUGGAGAAGCCUGAACAAGACAUUGUGGAGGUGGUUCACAUGGUGGUGCAGAAUAUGUCCGGGUAUAUGCAGGCACGGGCAGUCGAACGCUAUUACUGUCCAAGUAGUGUGGAGUUCAAGCACUUUUUGAUCAACCUAGGAACGGCUGACGACUUGUUGGCCGUCUACCAGUUCUGGUCGUCUGUGAACUUGCGGCAGGGAGCCACCAUUCGGUCGGUGUGGUACAACGAGGAAACGGAUGCGAUGGUCGUGCACCUCACGCAGCAUUGCCGACCCUUCUUUCACUUCUACUCAGAUGUGCACUUUGAGAUGCUAAUAUUCCUGCGACUGGAGGAGUUCUCACCUGCGGCUACCACAGCCGGUGUGGAGGUGGGAGAGGUGGGAGAGGGGACGGCGGAGGGUGGAGCUGCGGAAACCUCUUCCAAGCUGCGAAGGAAGAGGAUCGUUGAGCAGAGAGAUUUCUUUUUGACGAAUCCGCUUUUGAAAGCAUUGCCAGGGAUAGACGUCGUGUACAGAUCGACGUUGUGGAGGGAGACGGUCGCCUUGUUCAUUGUCGUUGUGACGAGGAUGCGUCGCGAGGGCUUUGACGUCUCGGAGACGAAGCUCUUCCCCUAGGGUGUUGCUUACGGGGCUGUAGCUGACUUCGUUUGGGGGAGGGCCCGGAUGGGGGCCGGGCUCCCUUGUCACCUUUUGAGGCUUGUGGGUCAGUUGUUUUUUUUCAUUUUUGGAAACACCUGGUCGGAGAAGACGGUUGUCAGUUCGAGGAGUCUUGUCAAGGAGUUUUUUUUCGGAGACACCUUGUGUGUUUUGUCUUCAACGGUUCAACUUGUGACUUGUCUAUACACAACUCAGUGAACUCAGAGAAGACGCUUCUUUGUUGUUGUAUAGCAGAGCCAUGCUCUUGUUUUACACAGUGUACGUCCACAACUCCACAAUAAGAGUAUGUUAGAGUCGCAGCUAGUGUGUGUGUGCGCACUGUAUAGUGGUUUGACCCUCUAAGACUCGGCACGUAGAGACUGGAGAGUUAAGGACAUGUAAAGGAGGAUUGGCCUGUUCAUGUAACGGCUACGAGUCUUUCAAGCCGUUUAGGUCUGUCGUUGUUCUUCUCUUAUUGAAGAGUAGAUGUUUGUUUAGUGGUCGUCCUGCAGUGCAAUUUGACAUAGAGAGCCGUGACAAACGGAAUAUAUCCCGCUUGUCAUAGUCUCACUCAGACUCGCUGUGGUGCCCAUGACCAGACAGGCUUGAGUGUGUGAUCGAUACAUCCUUUUUGCUCAGCGGUGCCCUUGACU